AUGUAUUUUCCAUUCCCCCAGUUUCCCCCCAGUUCCAACCAAUUCAAUUUGGUUGUUGAUGUUGAGCAACAAAGAAGUUAUGGUAUUUAUGUUUUGUACGAGGUGAAUAGAAAUAUGAAUGGGAAAAGGAUAGUUAUUGUGCACUGCGGUGCUGGAGGCAAACUGCCCAGUUCUGUGGAAAGACGGCUUGUGAGAGUGGUAAAGAAAGCUUUUGAAGCUGGUGUAGGAGAUGGUCACAAUGAUAGAUUUGCCAAUAUUGCAAGAGUGCUUGAAGAUUCCCCCCUCACCAAUACCGGGUAUGGUAGCAACAUAUGUAGUGAUGGUACGGUGAGAUGCGAUUCCUCUGUUGUGCAGUGUACUCCGAGAGGCAUGAAAAUGGGAUCAGUAGUGUGUAACUCGUCAAGGUACCCAAUGGAAGAUGCCCUUAGUGUGAUGAAUGAGUCUUUAAGGGUUUCCAAAGAGGGUAUUGUCUCCCCCAUGGUGAAAGUGGGGGAUCUUGUCCCCGAUCCACAGUUGGUUUCUAAGCUUCAACAAAACGUCUAUGAGCGUGCCGGGGAUACCAUUGGUGUGCUCCUAUUUGAAGAGGUUGAUAAGGAGUGGAUAAUAACUACAGGUUCAUCCAGUGGGGGGAAUAUUAUGCGAGAUUGGAGAAGGAUUGGUUCUGCCGGUAUUCCUGGAAGUGGGUGUUGGACAGAGACGAUGGACUUUGAUGAAGGCGGGACAAAUGUCGUGUCCAUAAUGGUCUCUGGUCAAGGUGAAGAGCUUAUUAAGCGUGAUUUUGCACGUUACAUUAGCAAGAAUAUGUUGAAAUACAUCAAUAAUGAAGGUAUGUUUGUUUCAGAUGCUUUGGAGAUGUCACUCAACGAUAUGGGAAGAGAGACAAGACAGCUACAGUGGGGGGUGGCCGGUCUAGCAGUUAUUGAUGGCCGUCCCAUUGGAUUCUUUAGGGGGAACAGUCGUUCCUUUGUAGUCGGUGGUAGCAAUUCAAGGGUAAGAUUAGUACAAAACAGUGGAUAUGGAGAGAUUUUAUUAUAG